AUGCAUGGAAUGUGGAAAGAGCUUCAGUCAGAGCUCCUCUCUCACUUCCCAUCAAAGAAUUCAUACAGGAAAGAAACCGUAUCAGUGUGUAGAAUGUGGAAAGAGCUUCAGGAGGAGCUGCGAUCUCACUUCCCAUCAAAGAAUUCAUACAGGGAGAAACUUUUUCAGUGCUUUGAAUGUGGAAAGAGCUUUAGUCGCAGCCACAGUCUCACUUCCCAUCAAAGAAUUCAUACAGGGGAGAAACCCUAUCAGUGCAUGGAAUGUGGAAAGAGCUUCACUGAUAGCUCCUCUUUCACUUCCCAUCAAAGAAUUCAUACAGGGGAGAAACCCUAUCAGUGUGUGGAAUGUGGAAAGAGCUUCACGCAUAGCUCCUCUCUCACUUCCCAUCAAAGAAUUCAUACAGGGGAGAAACCCUAUCAGUGUGUGGAAUGUGGAAAGAGCUUCAGGAAGAGCUCCUCUCUCACGUCCCAUCAAAUAAUUCAUACAGGGGAGAAACCCUAUCAGUGUGUGGAAUGUGGAAAGAGUUUCACUCAGAGCUCCUCUCUCACUUUCCAUCAAAGAAUUCAUACAGGGGAGAAACCCUAUCAGUGUGUGGACUGUGGAAAGAGCUUCACUGAUAGCUCUAAACUCACUUCCCAUCAAAAAGUUCAUACAGGGGAGAAACCCUAUCAGUGUGUGGAAUGUGGAAAGAGCUUCACUCAUAGCUCCUCUCUCACUUCCCAUCAAAGAAUUCAUACAGGGGAGAAACCCUAUCAGUGUGUGGAAUGUGGAAAGAGCUUCACUCAUAGCUCCUCUCUCACUUCCCAUCAAAGAAUUCAUACAGGGGAGAAACCCUAUCAGUGUGUGGAAUGUGGAAAGAGCUUCACUCACAGCCACAGUCUCACUUCCCAUCAAAGAAUUCAUACAUGGGAGAAACCCUAUCAGUGUGUGGAAUGUGGAAAGAGCUUCACUGAUAGCUCCUCUCUCACUUCCCAUCAAAGAAUUCAUACGGGGGAGAAACCCUAUCAGUGUGUGGAAUGUGGAAAGAGCUUCAGGAAGAGCUCCAAUCUCACUAAGCAUCAGAGAAUUCAUACAGGGGAAACCCUAUCAGUGUGUGGAAUGUGGAAAGAGCUUCAAUCAGAGGUCCUCUCUCACUUCCCAUCAAAGAAUUCAUACAGGGGAGAAACCAUAUCAGUGCAUGGAAUGUGGAAAGAACUUCAGGAAGAGCUCCUCUCUCACUUCCCAUCAAAGAAUUCAUACAGGGGAGAAACCAUAUCAAUGUGUGGAAUGUGGAAAGAGCUUCACUGA